AUGGCCGACUGUACCAACUUACAUAGUAGAAUCAAAACAGGUGUCAAUGUAGACCCUUUAGCUCACUGGAUACAUAAACAACUGUGGUCUAGCUCAACCCUACUUCUCGUGGGCCGCUUUGGCGUCUUCGUAUCGAUCACAGACUGCCUCAGCCUGCACGAGAACGUAUCCGGCAGAAACACGUCGACCGGGUUAGAGUAUGAUAGACCUCAGUUCGGAAUAUAUAAGCCAACAUACGGGCCCAAGCAGGAACAGCAGAUGAUGAUUUCGAAAUGGAAACCUCGCAAUGGCCAACUACAUAAAACCAAAAAGAAGGCCAGCAAGGCCAUUCAAAGGCUUUCAAAGUUCGAGAAUCGGGCGAACUCGGGCCUUUGA